UCCUGGAAUUGUCGGGCAACUUUUCCUGUUGUGCUGGCUCCGGUCUCGCUCAAUCAGCUCUGCGGUGGGAUUCAGGGGAAUGUCGGUCUCGGGAGUCACAGCCGUGCUUCCCAGCCUGCCGACGAUGCCUCCUCCGCUCUGGUGGAUGUGAUUUUUUUUCUCCCCGUUGUGGUCAAAGGUCUUCUUCCUUCUGCAGAAAUGAAUCGGCGGUGCGAAACGGGGCGGAAUCCAUCGAUAGCUGAGCGGCUUCCCUGGAUUUCGCUGCCCUCUCCUCUUAGUUUGGCUUGAAGAUGGAAACAUUGGAGUCGGAGCUGACAUGCCCAAUUUGUUUGGAGCUCUUUGAAGACCCGCUUCUCCUGCCUUGCGCUCACAGCCUUUGUUCCAACUGCGCCCACCGCAUCCUGGUGUCGCACUGCACCCCCAGCGAGCCCGUCCAGUCCAUCCGCGCCUUCCAGUGCCCCACCUGCCGCUAUGUCAUCAACCUCAACCAACGAGGCCUAGAGGGACUCAAGCGCAACGUCACCCUGCAGAACAUCAUCGACCGCUACCAGAAGGCUUCUCUCAGCGGACCCAACUCGCCCAGCCAGCCCCGGCGGGAGCGAGCAACCCCAGAAGGCGGCGCCAUGACGCAGCCUGGAGAUCGGGUGCAGUGUCAGUUCUGCGAGCAGGAACCGCCCCAUGAAGCCGUGAAGACCUGCGUUACCUGCGAGGUGUCCUACUGCGACGACUGCCUCAAGGCCACCCACCCCAACAAGAAGCCUUUCACGGGCCACCGCCUCGUGGAGCCCCUGCUGGACUCCCACAUGCGAGGGGUCAUGUGCGUGGAGCACGAGGACGAAAAGGUCAACAUGUACUGUUUGACGGACGAGCAGUUGAUUUGCGCCUUGUGCAAGCUGGUCGGACGACACAGGGACCACCAAGUCGCCGGUCUGGGAGACCGAUACGACAAACUCAAGCAUGCCUUGGACACCAACCUUAGCAAUCUCAUCAAGAGGACCAGUGAGUUGGAAACUCUGAUGGGCAAACUCAUCCAGACGUGCCAACACGUGGAGAUAAAUGCAUCCAGGCAAGAAAACAAGCUGCUGGAGGAGUGUGACCUCCUGAUCAAUAUCAUACAGCAGAGAAGGCAAAUCAUCGGUACCAAGAUAAAAGAGGGAAAGACGGUGCGCCUGAGGAAGCUGGCCCAGCAAAUCAGCAGCUGCAAGCAAUGCGUCGAGAGGUCCGCUUCGCUCAUCGCUCAGGCCGACCACACUUUGAAAGAGACCGACCCCUCUCGCUUCCUUCAGUCAGCCAAAAGUGUCUGCGAGAGAGUCUCCAUGGCAACGGCAUCCUCACAGAUCUUGCUACCGGAAAUAAACCUGAAUGACACAUUUGAUACUUUUGCUCUAGACUUCACAAAAGAGAAAAAAAUGUUAGAGAGUUUGGAUUAUCUCACAGCGCCAAAUCCGCCAGUAAUCCGUGAAGAAUUAUGCACGGCUUCGUACGACACCAUCACGGUUCACUGGACGUCAGAUGACGAAUUCACUGUCGUGUCCUACGAACUGCAGUACGCCAUCUUCACCAGCCACACCAAUGUUGUCAGUUUGUGCAAUUCCGCUGACAGCUGGAUGAUUGUCCCAAACAUCAAGCAAAAUCACUACACAGUGCACGGGCUCCAAUGUGGCACCAAGUACGUCUUCAUCGUCAAAGCCAUCAACCAGGCUGGAAACCGCAGCAGCGAACCGGGGAAGCUCAAGACCAACAGUCAACCGUUCAAGCUGGAUCCAAAGUCCGCUCACCGAAAAUUACGGGUGUCCCACGACAACCUGACUGUGGAGAGGGAUGAGGCGUCGUCCAAAAAGAGUCACGGCCAGGACCGCUUCAGCAGCAACAGCAGCUACGGCGUCACCGGCAAUGUUUACAUCGACAGCGGCCGCCAUUACUGGGAGGCUCUCAUAGGAGGAAGCACAUGGUUCGCAGUGGGUAUCGCCUACAAGUCGGCACCAAAACACGAGUGGGUGGGCAAGAACUCGGCCUCCUGGGUACUGUCCCGCUGUAACAACUCGUGGGUGGCCCGUCACAACAACAAGGAGAACCCCUUGGAGCCCUCGCCCCACCUUCGCCGACUCGGCGUCCUGCUCGACUACGACUCGGGAUUUUUGUCGUUCUACGACGCCGUGGGCUCUCAACACUUGCACACGUUUGACAUCCCCUUCGCACAGCCCGUCUGCCCCGUGUUCAACGUGUGGAACCGAUGUCUCACUAUCCUCACUGGACUGCCCAUCCCAGACCAUCUAGAGGGAAGCGAGUCGAGCAACUGACUCGCUGGACAUUUUUUGUGGACGUUUUGAUAGGCACAAUAAAUGACUGUUUGUUUCUCAUGCAAUCUUUUUAAUAAGUUUAACAAUUUGCGUUUCUGAAAUUAUUUUCAGGCAUUUUACUUUGCACAUGUAUGUACAUUAUUCUGCUGGAGCAUUUUUAAAGGGGAUACCUACUGUUUUAAAUGACUAAAAUAUUUUAAAUAGGCUGCAAUUUUUUUUACUUAAUCUUAAUUUGCGCAUUUGUAUCCAUGUGAUGGAAAAAUGUUUUUUGAGGAAUCAUCAUAGUUCGAACGUUGAGGGCUGUGUGAUAAAUCUCUAUUUUUCAGCACUUUGAGGAGGAAAAAAAAUGACUGUCACAAUAAAAUGUAUUUCUAAGUCAC